UUUUUAUAUGUCAAAAUUCCACAGCCGCAUGCGAGCAACGUGUAUCGCAAACUGCUUGGUUUUCGCACAAAACGUUAUUAUUAUCACUUGAAGCGCCUACAUAAUCUAAAAAAAUGAGUACAAUUUUAGAAAAAAUCGCCGCAAUCGAGGCGGAAAUGGCACGAACCCAAAAAAACAAAGCCACCGCUGGCCAUUUGGGGCUACUGAAGGCCCGUUUGGCCAAAUUACGCCGCGAACUGAUCACCCCCAAAGGGGGCGGUGGCGGCACCGGCGAGGGCUUCGACGUGGCCAAAACAGGGGAUGCCCGCGUUGGUUUCGUGGGGUUCCCCUCCGUCGGUAAAUCCACCCUACUUAGCAACCUAGCGGGGGUUUACUCCGAAGUGGCCGCUUAUGAAUUUACAACGCUUACGACAGUCCCCGGCUGUAUUAAAUACAAGGGGGCUAAAAUCCAGCUACUCGAUUUGCCGGGGAUUAUCGAGGGGGCGAAGGACGGCAAGGGGCGCGGCCGGCAGGUCAUAGCCGUCGCGCGGACGUGUUCGCUGAUUUUCCUCUGUUUGGAUGUUCUGAAGCCUUUGCAUCAUAAAAAAUUGAUCGAGCAUGAGUUGGAAGGGUUCGGCCUGAGGCUGAAUAAACAGCCCCCCAAUAUUUAUUUCAAGAAGAAGGACAAGGGGGGGAUCAAUUUGAACUGCAUGGUGCCCCAGUCUGAGCUUGAUUCGGACACGGUUAAGUCAAUCUUGUCCGAGUAUAAAAUACACAAUGCUGAUGUUACGCUAAAGUAUGACGCCACCAGUGAUGAUCUAAUCGAUGUGAUUGAAGGGAACCGAAUCUACGUCCCGUGCAUUUACAUACUCAACAAAAUCGAUCAAAUAAGUAUUGAGGAGUUGGAUAUUAUCUACAAAAUCCCUCACUGUGUUCCUAUUUCGGCCCACCACAGGUGGAAUUUCGACGAUUUGCUUGAGAAAAUGUGGGAGUACCUCAAACUAGUUAGGAUUUACACAAAACCGAAAGGCCAGCUUCCGGAUUACAAUUCCCCAGUGGUUUUACACUCAGAGCAUACAUCUAUUCAAGACUUUUGUAAUAAACUGCAUAGGAGCAUCGCGAAAGAAUUCAAAUAUGCCUUGGUUUGGGGCUCUUCAGUGAAGCAUCAGCCUCAGAAAGUCGGCUUGGAUCAUAUUCUUUGCGAUGAGGAUGUUGUACAGAUUGUUAAGAAAGUUUGAGCUCCGUUUUUGCGAAAUUGGAGAAAAGUUUGGAAGCAAAUUGUUGCAGAAGAUACUUGUAAGUAUCUGUAUUUUUAAUAAACACGAUUCAGCUAG